AAGAAUUGAAUUUGAAAUGGUGAGUUCUAGAAAAUGGAUUUGGGACCCACCAAAAAAGGAAGAGAAGAGAAAAGAUGCAUGAAAUGAACAACACAAGAAAGAAAGAGCAUCACAUCACAUUCACAUCAUCAUUCAGUGUUUUCUGGAAACUAAAAAUAAUCCAUCCAUCUGGCAUUUGAAACUUGAAACCACCACCAUUCCUUCCCUGAAUCAACAACCACAUCGUAUCAGGUUCUUCUUUAUUCUCGAAUUCUAUUCUAUUCCUUUUUCUUAACAUUUUAUGGCAUGAAAAAAAACUUGACAUUUCUUUGACUAUAUUUGUUUUUUAUUUUUAUUUGUGGAUAAGUGGGAGUGGGAUGACCGGGAUUCGAACCCGGGCUCUGCAUAUAUAAUGUAAUGUCCUCAGCUAAGUUUAGCUCAGGGGACUUGACUAUAUUUGUUUAGUUUAGAGUGAAUCGCAAGUUAGUUAGUGCCUCAAAUCAAACUCACGUAGUCCUGUGUUGGUGCCAUUUCCGUUUAACUGUUUCACUACUCUUGUCUUUGUGUCUUCAACAAAAUACUGGUAUAUGUUUAUAGUGCCAUUUUGAUAUCAAUUUCUCUACUCAAUUUUGAUUUUUAAAUUUUACUCAAAAAAACUAAUUUCAUUUAUCAGCAAUGAAUUUGGUUUUAUGUGCUUAUUGAUAGGGAAAGAGUGACGUGUAGCGAUAAAGGCAGUGUUUGAGGUGGAUACAUUACAAUCAUUGAGAAACUGGUGAUAUUUGUUAUUGUCCUGACUCCUCGGUGAGAGCCAUGGGAUGGUAUAGAGCUGUUUCCGGCAUAGCCAAACAUUCAAUUAGGAGAAACCUCUAUCAAGGUGGAUUGUCGUGUUAUGAGACACGGAUCAAAGUCCUUCCAUCGACAAAUAGAAACUUUCAGACAACAGUUUUCAAAUCCAAAGCACAAUCUGCACCUGUACCUCGCCCCGUGCCCCUUUCCAGGCUAACUGACAAUUUCUUAGAUGGGACGAGCAGUGUCUAUUUGGAGGAGCUUCAAAGAGCUUGGGAAGCUGAUCCAAAUAGUGUAGAUGAGUCUUGGGACAAUUUCUUUAGGAACUUUGUAGGUCAGGCUUCCACCUCCCCGGGAAUUUCCGGUCAAACAAUUCAGGAGAGUAUGCGUUUGCUGUUACUGGUGAGAGCAUACCAGGUUAAUGGUCACAUGAAAGCCAAGCUAGAUCCUUUAGGUCUUGAAGAACGUAAAAUCCCCGAUGAGUUAAACCUGGGUCUUUAUGGGUUCACUGAGGCUGAUCUGGAUAGAGAAUUCUUUUUGGGGGUGUGGAAUAUGUCAGGGUUUUUGUCUGAGAAUCGUCCGGUGCAGACUCUUAGGUCCAUUUUGACACGGCUGGAGCAAUCUUAUUGUGGAAGCAUUGGGUAUGAGUAUAUGCAUAUACCGGAUCGUGACAAAUGUAAUUGGCUUAGAGAGAAGAUUGAAACCCCUGCAACCACACAAUUUAGUCGGGAGCGUCGUGAGGUUAUUUUUGAUAGGCUUGCUUGGAGUACACUUUUUGAAAACUUCUUGGCUACCAAGUGGACAUCAGCAAAAAGGUUUGGGCUUGAAGGGGGAGAGACUCUUAUUCCUGGAAUGAAAGAAAUGUUUGACCGAGCAUCUGAUCUUGGGGUAGAGAGCAUAGUUAUGGGAAUGGCACAUCGAGGAAGAUUGAAUGUUUUGGGCAAUGUAGUUCGGAAGCCACUUCGUCAGAUAUUUUGUGAGUUUAGUGGUGGUGUUCAACCAGAGGAUGAAACCGGGCUCUACACAGGAACAGGCGAUGUUAAAUAUCACUUAGGAACUUCUUAUGAUCGCCCGACCAGGGGUGGGAGGAGAAUACAUUUGUCUUUGGUGGCAAAUCCUAGUCACUUGGAAGCAGUCAAUCCACUUGUUGUUGGAAAAACUAGAGCAAAGCAGUAUUACUCAAAUGAUGUGGAAAGAAUGAAAAACAUGGGUGUUUUGAUUCACGGUGAUGGUAGUUUUGCCGGACAAGGUAUAGUCUAUGAAACUCUUCAUCUUAGCGCUCUUCCAAAUUAUACUACAGGUGGAACUAUACACAUUGUGCUGAACAAUCAAGUUGCGUUUACAACCGAUCCAAAGUCGGGAAGAUCUUCGCAAUAUUCCACUGAUGUUGCUAAAGCCUUAAAUGCUCCCAUCUUUCACGUGAAUGGGGAUGACGUGGAAGCAGUUGUUCACGUAUGUGAACUUGCUGCUGAAUGGCGUCAAACUUUCCAUUCAGAUGUGGUUGUUGAUUUAGUAUGUUACCGUCGAUUUGGCCACAAUGAGAUUGAUGAACCUUCUUUCACACAGCCUAAAAUGUAUAAGGUCAUCCGAAAGCAUCCAUCAGCCCUUGAGAUUUAUCAGAAGAAGCUUUUAGAAUUAGGGGAGUUAACUAACGAAGACGUUGAUAAGAUACAGAAGAAGGUCACAUCAAUUCUAAAUGAUGAAUUUUUGGCCAGCAAAGAUUAUGUUCCAACAAGAAGAGAUUGGCUUUCAGCAUAUUGGUCUGGUUUCAAGUCACCUGAACAGCUUUCACGUAUCCGGAACACUGGAGUGAAACCAGAUAUUUUGAAACAUGUUGGGAAGGAAAUCACAGUCUUACCUGAAAAUUUUAAUCCUCAUAAAGCAGUGAAGAGGAUUUAUGAACAACGUGCCCAAAUGAUCGAAACGGGGGAAGAUAUUGACUGGGGUUUUGCAGAGGCACUUGCUUUCGCCACAUUGAUAGUUGAAGGUAACCAUGUUCGUUUAAGUGGCCAGGACGUUGAAAGGGGAACAUUUAGUCAUCGUCAUGCUGUAGUUCAUGAUCAGACAACCGGGGAUAAAUAUUGCCCCCUUGACCAUGUGACAAUGAACCAAAAUGAAGAGAUGUUUACUGUUAGCAAUAGCUCGCUUUCUGAGUUUGGUGUUCUUGGAUUUGAACUUGGUUACUCAAUGGAAAAUCCUAAUUCAUUAGUGAUCUGGGAGGCACAAUUUGGCGAUUUUGCUAAUGGUGCUCAAGUCAUAUUUGACAAUUUCUUGAGUUGUGGCGAGUCUAAGUGGCUUCGUCAGGCUGGGCUUGUUGUGUUACUUCCACAUGGUUAUGACGGCCAGGGACCAGAACAUUCAAGUGGGAGAUUGGAACGCUUUCUUCAGAUGGCUGAUGACCAUCCUUAUAUUAUUCCUGAGAUGGAUCCUACUCUUCGAAAACAAAUUCAAGAAUGUAAUUGGCAGAUUGUGAAUGUUACAACUCCAGCAAAUUUUUUCCAUGUUUUACGGCGGCAGAUACAUAGAGAGUUCCGUAAACCUCUCAUUGUAAUGUCCCCUAAGAACCUGCUUCGCAGUAAGGUUUGUAGAUCAAAUUUAUCUGAGUUUGAUGAUGUACAAGGACACCCCGGUUUUGACAAACAGGGAACCAGAUUUAAGCGCCUCAUAAAAGACCAAAAUUACCACUCAAAUGUUGAGGAGGGUAUCCGACGUCUAAUUCUCUGUUCUGGAAAGGUUUACUACGAACUUGAUGAUCAACGUACAAAGGUAGAUGCAAAAGAUGUUGCAAUAUGUAGGGUGGAACAACUUUGUCCUUUCCCUUAUGACCUUGUCCAGCGAGAGCUUAAACGAUAUCCAAAUGCGGAGGUUGUUUGGUGUCAAGAAGAGCCGAUGAACAUGGGUGGCUACACUUAUGUUUUACCACGGCUUAUAACUUCCAUGAAAUCUUUAGGUAGGGGAGGCUAUGAUAAUAUCAAAUAUGUCGGUCGCGCUCCCUCUGCAGCCACAGCGACUGGUUUCCUCAAGGUUCACUACAAAGAGCAGACUGAGCUAGUUGAGAAAGCCCUUCAAAGUGAACCAAUCAAUUUCCCUUACUAAGAUUCUGCAUAUACAUCAUUCCUUUUGAGAAGUGAAGCACUUGAUUUGUUCACCCAUUGAGCUAUAGUUGGAGGGCAACUAAAAAUUCACAUUUUUUAUACAAUAUAGUUUUAAUUACAUCUUGAAUAAUUUUGUGGCUUGUGCUUGAGGGCUUUAAAAUAGUGUAGCACAUAGAACGGUCAAUACCCCCCCUCCAAUAAAUUAAGACAGUUGCCAUAGUUAUGAAAUUUUAUCCUGAUUUACUAUAGGUUUGGACCUAUUGGCUAUUGGUAUAAAAAUUUCCAUGCCCCUUGGUAUAAGAA